UUAACAAAUGUCAUAAUUUACUCCUCAAAUUAAAUACAAAAUUUUCUCGGUUCGUAGCUAAAUUCGCAGUUUUUUAAAGAAAAUGUCUGUGGAGGAGGCCACCUUGAAUCUUCCGGCUCAGGUAAUAAACUUGACCAUCGAAAAGCAAGUGCUGCUGGAGCGACUUGAGAAGAUCCAGGACAUCCUCAAACUUCUAGAGAAUCGCGACGAAGGACAAACCUGCACGGUUUCUGCGGGAAAUGUCUACCAAGUCACCACCGUGAAGAAUUUGAGGGUGUUUCUGGCCAUCAACCGGUCCGUCACAAUCAGCUAUUUUGUUAAGGCCGACAGGAAGCUCCUUCAAUUACAGCAGAAUAUGAACCAAAGUCUCGUCAACACCAACAACAGGACGGAGACAUCUUAUUAGAACUCAAAUGGCAAAUUAAAUAUUUUAUUUUUAACAAAAUUAUUGUAUGCAAAAGAUUUAAUAUGUAGUUAAGAAUAAUAUUUAAAUAUUAUUUAAAUUCUCUCUGAAUAAAAAACUUAUUAAAAUUAAACAAA